AUGCUUCCCACACGGACGACAGUCCAUGUUGAGGCAGUACCGCCUCAAGGCAAAGGUAACCGGAAGGCUACGGGCAUCGUGGCUGUGUUCCAGCAGUUCUGCCUCAACACGUCCCAGCACGGCUACAAGUACAUUGCUCUGCCCGACCGUGUCUUCGUGGAAAGACUGCUGUGGGCGACGGCAGUAGCGGCAGCGCUGGUGACAUCUGCAAGCCUGGUGUGGCUGGCACUGCAGCAGCACAACUCGCGACCCACGCUAAUCGACAUCGAGACGUCGCACUACCCCGUGUGGAACUUCCCCUUUCCUGCUGUCACCGUCUGUCCCACAAACAAGGUGCACAAAGGCCAGCUGCACAGCCUCCUCAGCGAGUGGAGGAUCCCUAACGGCACGAGCCGCGAGCAGCUGCGGCGCGACGCAGCCUACGUGCCGGCGCUGCUGGGCUGGACGGCGGGCACGCAGGGCGCGCUGGCCAGGCUCGCAGCCGCCGUCUCGGCCAACAACCUCACCGUCGCCGACUUCAUGCGCAAGGUAGCCCCGCAGUGCGAUCAGGUGGUGAUCAAGUGCCAGUUCAAAGGUCUCCAGAGACACUGCCAGAAGCUCUUCAAGACCGUGCUCACCGAAUGUGGCGUCUGCUGCAGCUUCAACUACAGGGCCGCCCGUCCCGCUAUGCAACAAAGGUCUAAUAGCUGUAGUUUUCGGUAUAAACAUUUCAAAACCAUCAUUUAG